GCUGAUGCGGGUGCCUUGUGCGCAGGUCAGAGCCGUUAUAAUAGAAGCUCUUUUGUUGGAGCUCUCUGGCCCGGAUCGGUUUCAUCUAAUUGUGGGUCCCUCUGUAAUCGAGCACACCGUCCAAUUCGGCUUCUUCUCGUAAACUUUUCUUCAAGCGCUUCAACAGAACAGGCUGCGUCUGAUUUCAGCCGCGUUUCGCAAUCCGACUUUAAUUCCGCACGCAGAUUUCACGCUGAACACAUUCUUCUGAUUGGGCAUCCGUUACACGAGUCUGCGGUCAACAAAGGGCCGUCCAUAAAGAAAGAGCCUUUGACCAGUGAAACCCGAGAGCCUGAAGCUCACUGGAGCUUCGCAUCUGACCGCGGCGUGAGGAGGAACGACUAGAAGCGUGGAGACGCGGUGAGGAGCGCGCGCGUGUUUCUCAGGAUUCUUGGCACCGUCGCUUUUCCAGGAGCUCGCAGAUGAACGAAACUCGAUCCGUGAUAAUCUGCUGCGCCUUGUAGGAGGUAUAUAGCGGCGAUGUCCGCGGCUCCCUGACGGCGUUCAUCCGGAGCCGCUGCUGCUGAUCGACGGCACCAUGGUGGAGCACAGCGGCCUGGACAUCAUGUGUCUGAACAAGUACAGCCCCGCUUCCUCCUCCUCAUCAUCCUCGAACGCGGAGAAGAAACUUUUCUCCAAGCUCAAGGUGAGUCUGACCAAGAAGUACCCGCAGAAGAACGCGGAGACGCUGAGCGCGCAGUACGGAACCAACCUGCUGCUGAUCGGUGUGUCGGUGAUGCUCGCGCUGGCGCAGCACGGUCCGGCGGUGAAGAAGGAGCACCUGCUGGCCUUCAUCACGGCGCUGAUGCUGGUGCAGCUCGUGUGGAUGCUCUGCUACAUGAUCCGGAGGGAGCGGGAGCGCAGCGCGGUGCCGGAGAGGGACGCGCACGCCGGCACCAGCUGGAUCCGAGGGGGGCUGACGAUGCUGGCGUUGCUGUCGCUCAUCAUGGACGCGUUCCGCAUCGGCUACUUCGUCGGGUAUCACUCCUGCGUCUCCGCCGUGCUCGGAGUCUAUCCCAUCGUGCACGCGCUGCACACCAUAUCUCAGGUGCAUUUCCUCUGGUUCCACAUCAAAGAUGUCAUCAAGAAAUAUGAAACGUUUGAAAGGUUUGGAGUGAUUCACGCUGUCUUCACUAACCUGCUGCUGUGGUGUAAUGGAGUGAUGUCAGAAGCUGAACAUUUCCUCAACAACUACAGGAGACGCCUGACUGCGCUGGGAUACGCCAAUCUCUCCACAGUGGAAGCGGAGCCGGACUGUAACUGCACCACCAGCGUCUGCUCCAUGUUCUCCACCAGCCUCUACUACCUGUACCCCUUCAACAUCGAGUACCACAUCUUCGUCUCGGCCAUGCUGUUCGUCAUGUGGAAGAACAUCGGCCGGACGCUGGACCUCCACAGCAACCACAAGCGUCCCAGCACGAGGAGCCCGUGUCUGCUGCUCGGCCCGCUGCUGGGUCUGCUGGUGCUGGCCAGCUCCGUCACGGUCCUGGUGGUCUACCUCAUCCACGUGGAGAAGUCUUCUCAGGCCGCCGUCUCCAUGUUCUACUGCUACGGCGUGGUGAUGCUGAGCUGCAUGUGUGUCGCGAGUGGAGCCGGGCUGCUGGUGUAUCGCGUGGAGGACUGGCCCAUGGACAUGGGUUCGAACCCGUCACGCACGCUGGAUACGGAGCUGCUGCUGGGCUCGUCGCUGGGCUCCUGGCUGAUGUCGUGGUGCAGCGUGGUGGCGGUGGCGGCGGCGGGACGCAGUUCUCCGAGCUUCCGCUGGACCUGCCUGGCGUACUCGCUGCUGCUGGUGCUGGAGAAGUGUGUGCAGAACCUGUUCAUUGUGGAGUCGCUGUACCGCCGCAGCAGAGAUCCGGACGACGUGCCUGUGCCCGAGAUCUUCUCCGUCACACCGGCGCCCGUGGUCCCGCCGUACGACGGCAUCGUGAACCGUGCCUACGAGACGCAGGACAAGCUCUGCACGACUCUGGGGGGAGAGACACCCGAGGACAGAGCGGCGUUCAGCAGGAAGCAGACUGAUGUCACACUUCCUGUGGGAAACCGGCUCAACGUGACACCUGGGAGGAAGAGGCAGAUCCUGAAGAACAUCACCAUCUUCCUCUUCAUGUGCAACAUCUCGCUAUGGAUUCUCCCAGCCUUCGGCUGCCGUCCGCAGUAUGACAGCGGUCUGGAGCUGGAGACCUUCGGAUACAGCAUCUGGACCACGGUGCUGAACCUGGCCUUUCCCAUGAACCUCUUCUAUCGCAUGCACUCGGUGGCGUCGCUCUUCGAGGUCUUUCGGAAGGUUUGAGGAUGACUGGGACUUUAUCUGGUGCUCACAAACACUGACAGACACACAAACACUGGUCUGAGGAAGCUCAUGCGUUCAGAACGACUGGGAUUGGAUCCAGUUCUCAUGGACUUGAUCGGCUCUAGAAGCCUGAAGAUUCUUCACACACUUCUCAAUGUUUACACACACACACACACUCACACUCACACGCACACGCACAC